AUGGAUAUGAUGAACGAAAACGACUUCGGAUUCAACUGUGUCUGCAUCCGCAGCAGUACGGUGUGCUGCGACUUUUCCUUCCUGCGGCAGGACCUGUGCGUGCUGGAGAUGCACGACUUCGUCGAGCACUCGCUGCAGGUGGCACCGGAAGCGCUGGAGCUGCUCCAGUGGAACGCCGUGCAGCGAUGUCUGUACCUCCGGCUGAAGAGCCACAUGAUGGCGAAGCAUCUGGUGCUGCUGCACAACCGACGGCACGUGUAUCCGCCGGGCCCGACAGGAUCCCGGGUCGCGCUUUCGCUGCUGGACAUGCCAUCCGUCGUGAUGGUGUUCGAUCUGUCCGAGCUGGUGACGGACGCGGAGGUGCGGGAGGCGCUCGAACAGUUCGGCGUGGUGCUGACGAUCGGGCACAGCCGGUGGGGCGACGGUGUGACGUACGCCGGUGUUGCCAGCGGCCAGCGGAUUGUGCGUAUGAUCAUACGCCGGCCGAUUCCGCGCCGACUGCGCAUCGGGAACGAGCACUCGAACGUCAUGUAUUCGGAGCAGCCACCGGAACCGGCCAGGCUGGGUGAACAGCUUUCCGCUGCAGUUGCGCGUGGCUUGAGCCGUUUGCGCGAGGUGGUACGCCGUAUGGUACGCUGA